AUGGCUAUCGCUACCACUACCGCUUGGAAACCUAAAAACCUCCCACAGAAGCCUGAAGAUUCCAGAAGUGCGAAGGAGAAAUCCAUUAUUUCCACAGUUGAGUUUGUUUCUCCUGAACUCCCUACAAUUAGUGCUAUUGCAGAUGCCAAUCCCAUAACCUCUACACAAGCACAAGAGCAGCAAAUCACUCAAAAUCUCUUAGAGGUUUUGCCUCCAUCCCAAAAUGAACAAGAUUCCCAGCACAUCCCUCACUCUAAUCUCCCAAUUGUUGUUUGGACUAUUCUCUUCACUAAUGCAUUUUGUUGGAAGUCUGGACAAUCAUCCUCACUUCCCCCAAAAUUCUAUAGUUUGGCUCUUAAUAGGUGA